ACAACGGGAUCACAGAACAACGAGAUGUGCUCUAUGGCAUUGGCAACACUGGUUUAUUUGUAAACGUCAAAUGUCAUGUACACCUAACCCUAGUCCCUAACCAAAACGAGCCACCAAAAAAACCAAACAAAACAAAAAUACAAACUCAAAAGUUUAGUAGGAUAGAAUGUUUAUAACUAAUUAUUUUUUCACUUUAGUAAAAAGUUCCAUUUUACGAAAAGGCUAAUUUAUAACUAUUUUAUCUUAUAAGUUACCAACUAAACUGAAAUUUUUAAUAUAGCGAUCCAAAUACUAACCUCAAUUUUUUGGAAGAAAUAGAAAAAUGUCGAAUUAUAUGAAUGAAAGUGUAUACACACACACUUUUACUCCUAAGGAGUAUCAAGUUGAAUUACUGGAUUCCGCAAAGACAAAGAAUACAAUAAUAUGUUCUAGUACAAGUUCCUCAAAAGCCUUUAUUGUUGUUAAAUUACUUCAAGAAUAUUCCUGGCAAAUGCGAGUGCCUUCUGGCAAAAAGGCUCUGUUCAUUUUAGACCCACAGAAUGUUCCAAUAAUGACGUCCCAUGUUAAAUAUCUUACAGAUUUAAGUUGUAUCAGUAUUGAACCAAAUAAUGAUCAUGAUUAUAAAGAUAUUGAAAAUGAUUUUAAGAAACACCAAGUGAUAAUCUCAACUGCAGAAAUGUGCGUUGAAAUGUUACACUAUCAUAUAUUAGAAGAUUUUUCUAUAUUCAAUUUAGUUGUUGUUGACGAUUGUCUAUAUGGACAGAGACAGUCUUUAAUCAAAGUUGUUAUGAAUAAAUAUAACAAUCUGGCAGAUAUUAAAAGGCCACGUAUUCUUGGUUUAACUACAGGUUUGCUUAGUUCUGAAUUACAACCAGAUAGGUUAGAAGCAGAAUUAAGACGAUUAGAAAAAUUACUCGAUUCACAUGUAGACACUUCAUCUGAAAUAGUGACUUUAAUUCGUUUAUCCUGUAGGCCACAUGAGACUAUAAUAGAAUGUCCCAAAUGGGAAGGGCACAGUUUACAGAAUGAUAUUAGAAAUGUAGUAAAUAACACUAUUGAGUUUCUUCUUGACCACAGAUUUGAUCCCAGUGAGAUAUAUGAUGAUGAGUUAUUAGAAGAAUUCAAACAAGUUCCUGAUCCUAGAGAUGUCCCACUAGAGCUUCUAAAGCAGUUUCUAGAGAUUCUUGAAGAUCUAGGUCCUUGGGGUGCUGAUAAAGCAGCCCUAAAUAUAUUAUCAAAAAUUGAAAAGCUUAAAGUGAAGGUUCCAUAUGAAAGGCAUUACUUACUUUUAUGUAUGACUUCAACAACUUUGGUAAAUGUUAGAGCAGCCUGUGAUUAUGCUUUUGAAAGUUAUGAUGAUGAUAUUGAAAGAUUAAAUGCAUUUUCUUCUCCAAAAGUUUUAAAAUUUGUACAAGUUUUGAAACAGUUCAAACCUCCCGGUGCUAAACCAGAAUGUAAUUCUGUUAUUAAGGACCAGAUUCCAGAAGAAGUAGUUGUAACAAAAAAUAGAGGAAGAGGUAAAGGGUCCAGGAGGCCUCUGUAUCAGAGACCACAAGUAGAUGACAACUUAUGUGCUCUGGUUUUUGUACAUAAUAGAUAUAAAGCUAAAGCUAUAUUUGCAUUAUUAUGUAUGUUAUCUCAAAGUGAUGAUGAUUUGUGGUGGAUCUCAACAUUAUUUUCUGUAGAAAAAGUAGCAGAUUCUGUAAGUGAACCAAGAGAAGCUGAAAAUGAGCACAAAACUCAAGAAGAGGUUCUUAGAAAAUUUAGGUGUCAUGAGUGCAACAUACUUGUAUCCACUUCUAUACUUGAACAAGGCUGUGAUUUACCAAAAUGCAAUUUAGUCAUUAGAUUUGACCUACCGAAAACUUUUCAUAGUUACAUUCAAAGUAAAGCGAGAGCCAGAGCUGCCGAUGCGCAUUAUAUAUUAUUUGGAAACGAAAAUGAAAUCCAAUCUUUUGUAGAGGACCUUGCAGAAUAUAAUGAAGUAGAAAAUACAUUACUGAGAAGGUGUUAUAGCUUAGAACCGGAUAAGGAAGAAGAGUUGUUUGCAGACUUGUAUACAGACUUUUGCAUUCCUUAUAAACCUCUAGAUGAGGAAGGGGCUCCAAGUAUUUCUUUAUUCAACUCGAUAUCGUUAUUAAAUAAAUAUUGUGCCAAAUUGCCAAGUGAUACUUUUACUAGACUGACACCUAUUUGGAAAGAAGAAAAAACUAGCACAGGAGAAUUUAUUUGCCAUAUCCGCCUGCCAAUUAAUUCACCUGUCAAACAAACUAUUUCUAGUCCACCGAUGCCAAAUAGUUUAUUGGCUAGAAGAGCUUCUGCUUUCAUGGUGUGCCAACUUCUUCACAAAGCCUCUGAAUUAGAUGACUAUCUACAACCAAUUAAUAAAGAAAAUUUUAAGGCUACUGAAGAAGAUUGGACGAAUUUUGCUUUGGAUGAACCCGAACCUGAAGAUGAACAUAUAGAAAUUCGUCCUGGUACCACCAAACGUAGACAAUAUUAUUAUAAAAGAAUAGCAGAUGCUUUAUUGGAUUGUCAUCCUUUGCCUGGAAUACCAACAUACUUUUAUGAAAUCGUCAUGACUUUAACCUGUCCAUUACCAGAAGAACAAAAUACCAGAGGUAGAAAAAUUUACCCACCUGAAGAGUCAACUCAAGGUUUUGGAAUAUUAACUUGCAAAGAGAUUCCAAAGAUAAGCGCCUUUCCAAUUUUUACCAGAUCCGGCGAAGUAAGUGUCGAUUUACAGCUAAUAUCGAAAAAUGUUAUUUUAAAUGAAGCACAGAUUAAAAAAACAAGGGAAUUUGUAAAUUAUACUUUCACCAGCGUGCUACGUCUGCAAAAAUAUUUAAUGCUUUUCAACCCGGAAGCUUCUUUAAACAAUUAUUUGAUCAUUCCAACUAUUAAAAGAAAACAAUCUGUAGAAGUCCACUGGGAAUUCGUAGAUCUAAUAUUCGAUAAUCUAUCGACAGCGCCAACACUCAUUCCCGAUGAUCAACGUAGCGGCUAUGUCUUUAACGAAGUUGACUAUUGCGAUGCAGUAGUCAUGCCAUGGUACCGUAAUCAAGAUCAACCUCAGUAUUUUUACGUAGCCGAAAUAUGCACUAACUUAAAUCCAACGUCUGCAUUCCCUGGGUCCGAAUACGCCACAUUCGAGGAAUAUUAUAAACGUAAAUAUGAAAUUCAGAUACAGAACUUAAACCAAAAUUUACUGGAUGUCGAUCACACCUCUGCUAGGCUAAAUUUUCUUACGCCUAGAUACGUAAACAGGAAAGGCGUUGCUUUACCGACAAGCAGCGAAGAGACGAAAAAAGCUAAACGGGAGAAUCUGGAACAAAAACAAAUUUUAGUGCCUGAACUUUGUGCCAUACAUCCGUUCCCUGCAUCACUUUGGAGGAAGGCGGUUGCUUUACCGUGCAUUCUCUACAGGAUUAAUGCUUUAUUAUUGGCUGAUCAAAUAAGAAGAACUGUUGCGAUCAGUUUAAACUUAGGCAGAUCUGAAUUGCCACACGAUUUUAAAUGGCCAUCUCUGAACUUUGGAUGGAGCCUUUCUGACGUACUUAAAAAGUCUCGAGAAGAAGAAAUGAAAAAGCAACAAGACAAAUUACAAAUAGAGGAAAUUUUAGAAGAACCAACAAGUACAUCUCUAGUUGUAGCCACGCUCACAAAAGACGAGAGCCUCAAUGUAAAUACAGUUUGUCUUCUAGAGAACAAUAUCGAUGGUAACGACAGUGAAAAUACGUCUGUAGACGGUGAUCUAUUGAUAGAAGAAAAGCCAACUGCAGUGAAAGAUGAUAAAUGGAUUGAGAUCGGCAUGUGGUGCAAUGAAAUGGCCGAAACAACAAAUACGGCAAAUUCGAAUUCUUUGGUGCGUUAUGCAUCGCCAACAAGUUGGAUGCAUUUGGACACAGCAUAUGAUGAUUUCUCUGACAGCGAAACUGAUUCCUUUUAUGACGACUCGGGCUCCGAAUGGGGCGGAUUGAGAAUAGAAUUUACUGGAGAUCAUCAAGCUGAAGCUUUGGAUGAUGAUAUUGACGAAGAAAAAGUUUUCCAUCUGUACGACAAUGCUAAUGCAUGGAAAAUCGAAGAAGAGAGUGAACUUACCGACAGCCUCAAGAAGAAAUUCCAUCAAGCAUGCCAUAGAAACAGACGUCAUAUAUUGUCUAGCGGUAUACUAAUAAAAGGAAAUAACAAUUUUGAAAAGAAUUCUGCAAAAGAAAUAGCUAAAGUGGUUGAUACAAUAAAAAUAGACGACAACGUAAAUUUUGAUUCGUUAUACAUCGAUUUACAAAAUAAUCACCUCACUGUCUGCAACGGUGAUAAAGAAUAUGUUAACGAAUAUGAUAAAUCUGAAGAAUUAUCAUUUAGUUUCGAUAAGCAGCCAAAUUUGGUUGAACAUCCUGGUCCAAGUCCCAACGUACUUCUACAGGCUUUAACCAUGUCAAACGCCAAUGACGGAAUCAAUUUGGAGAGGCUAGAAACCAUCGGCGAUUCAUUUUUAAAAUACGCCAUAACUAAUUACCUCUAUUCAAAAUACGAGAAUGUUCAUGAAGGAAAAUUGAGCCAUUUGCGUUCGAAACAAGUCAGCAAUUUGAACUUAUAUCGGUUGGGCAGGCGCAAAAAUCUGGGCGAGUUUAUGAUAGCUACAAAAUUUGAUCCUCACGACAACUGGUUACCACCAUGUUUUUACGUACCCAAACAACUAGAGGAAGCUCUUAUCGAUGCUCAAUUUCCCGCUAAUUGUUGGUCAGUCGCUGACAUGGCUGCUACCAGGAACAUGAGCUUGGAUGAUAUUUGCGUUAUGGUACGAGUACGAGGGGAACGCGGAGACAGCAGUAACGGCGGGGUUGCAACAGUAACAACAACUGCGAUACCUUACAACUUAGUCACCCAGCAUAGUAUUCCAGAUAAAAGCAUUGCAGAUUGCGUUGAGGCUGUCAUAGGAGCGUACCUCAUAGAAUGCGGUCCAAGAGGGGCAUUGCUUUUUAUGGCUUGGUUAGGAAUAAGAGUUUUACCCAAAUUACCGGAUGGUACGUAUGGAGAAAUCCAACUUCCUCGGUCGCCUCUUCUAAGACACGUACCCAAUCCUGAAGGAGAACUAAAUAGACUGCUAGAUGGAUACGAGACGUUUGAAAGAAAUAUUGGUUACAAAUUUAGGGACCGUUCAUAUUUAUUGCAAUCCAUGACGCAUGCUUCGUAUUUUCCAAAUCAACUUACAGACUGUUAUCAGCGUUUAGAGUUUUUAGGAGAUGCUGUAUUGGAUUAUCUAAUCACUAGACACCUUUACGAAGAUCCCAGAAUGCAUUCUCCAGGUGCUUUAACAGAUUUGAGGUCAGCACUGGUGAACAACACGAUAUUCGCAUCGUUGGCUGUCAGAAAUAGUUUUCAUAAAUAUUUUAGGCACUUAUCGCCUGGCUUGAAUGAGGUUGUAGAACGAUUUAUAAGGUUGCAAGAGGAGAGCGGAUAUUCUCUGGUCGAAGAACUGUAUCUGGUCGUUGAAACGGAAUGUGAAGAAGUCGAGGAUGUAGAAGUUCCCAAAGCUCUGGGUGACGUGUUUGAAUCUGUUGCCGGUGCGAUAUUCUUGGAUUCCGGAAUGUCUUUGGACGCCGUUUGGAAAGUCUAUUACAGAAUGAUGAAAGCUGAAAUAGAGCAGUUCAGUAACAAGGUGCCCAAAUCGCCAAUUCGAGAAUUAUUGGAACUAGAACCGGAAACUGCAAAAUUCGGCAGGCCCGAGAAGUUGGCUGAUGGUCGACGAGUUAGAGUUACAGUAGAAGUAUUUGGAAAAGGUCUUUUUAAGGGUAUAGGUCGCAAUUAUCGUAUUGCCAAAUGUACAGCAGCUAAAUGUGCUCUGAAACAUCUAAAGCGAAGGGGUUUAUUAAAAAAAUUAAACGAUUGAUAUUAACUGUCUUUUAAUUCCUUUCUAACUAUACGCUCGUUCUUGCACAAACUGAACAAUCAAAUGUACUAUCCGUUUUCUGUAAAUAACCAUCGAGAUUAUUUAUUUGCUCUACGGGUCUUGGAGGCUUAUGGAUUACUCUAAAUUAUUUACAAUUUUUUAAUUUAAUAUCUAUUCGUUGCAGAAACGUUAAUUAAAAUUUAGAAGCCUGAUAAACAGAUGCCUGUUAUUCAGGCAUAUCACAAUGUCAAGCUCCGUCAAAGUUCAUCAGGCUCAUAAAUGUUAAUGUACUUUUUUGCAACCGAUAUUGAGGCUUAUAAAGUCACAAAAAAUACUCGAUCAAAAUUUUAAUGGAUUUGCUUUUGUAUCAUUUUCUUUUGUUUUAGUUCCAAAUAUUUAAAAUAUUAGAUUAGAUUCCAAUAUUAAUUCAAAUUUGCCAUCCUAUAUACUCAUUUUGCAAACUCAUGUAAAACGGGUAGUCAUUUUUGUUUUUAUUUUUUUAUAUAAUUAUAGUCAAGUAGAAUAAUUAUAAUGUAUUUUAUCCUAUUUUAAAUUGGAUAAAAGGAACUGAAGUAUUAUACCAAAAGUAUUUAUUUUGCAAUACAUUCUACCUGUGAUUCUUAAACUUCGUUAAGUUAUAGUCAGUAGAAUAAUAGAUUUUCUUAAUUUUGUAAAGAAUUAUGAAAUAAACAAUAUCUUUUACCCAGAAAAUUGUAUAAAUGUACAAAUGUUUUUUAAUUUGAUGUAGGUAGGAUAUCAGAAAUAAAAUGUUUACCGUGAGAACCCAAACAUGAAAGAGCAAAAGAGAACGCAAUAACAAUAUAUGACCGCUCCUAAUGACCUAUGACUAGUUACUAUUUAUUUUGUUUUAUUUUUAUCAGUAGAUACUACGACGAAAACUAAUUCGAUAGAAUUAUCGAAUGUGAUACAAGUGUGAGAAUCGAAAAAGAAUGUAAAUUAUUUUUUUUGCGAAUAAGACAAAUUUCAAUAAUCAACAAGUUAAUGAAUACUUUUUUUCUUACUAAAUCGAAAACACACUGAUCACAAACACAUACAUAUCAACAAAUCAAAACAGUGUAUUUUCUAUUUAGUUUAAUAAUCAUAAAAAUGUUAAUCAUUUUCGGAAAAUAAAAUUCAACAUUCCAAGAGCUAAAAUGAUUAAUUUUUUUUACUGUGCAGCUAUGCUUCAAAACAUUGUGGAGGAACAAAAUCCAAUCAAGUACCUAAUAAAAUUAAAUGUAUUUUUUGUCUA